AUGAUGUCUAACAUAUUCCUCGGUGCUUCCGCAUCCAGUGUGAUAACACGCGCCCUUGUCCUUUAUGUGUUCGAGCAAAUGAGGCGUGUACCGAGGCGACGGAACGGACUAGGAGGUCCAACCAUCUUCCACAAGUAUCGAUAUACACACUGUAAAAAGAACCAGGUUCACGAUGCCAUCCCCGAUGCCAAUCCGUCUGAGGAUACACCACGAGAGAAGCGACCUCCCGUUCCCGUUUCUCAAAUCAUUGGCAUGGAGUUGCCAUCACCAUCGAUAACAUGGGCGUUGUUCCAAUCGUACUCCGACUGCAUGCACUGGUACCUCACGGUAUUUCACGAGCCUAGCUUUAGUGCCCGAGCCCACCCCAUCGUCGUCAGUGGCAUGGCUGAUCCCCAUGACAAGAGCUUCCUUUAUCUUAUGCUUGUUGUCUGCUUCUUUGGCGCCCGGUUCAUGCCGCAGAAAGAUAGGGAGGAGAAAUGCCAAGGUGUGGACUUUCCCCAAUUGGAAUUGAAAAUCCUGCAAGUUGCCGGGGCUUGGUUUCUGCCGUCUAUGCAAGAGUUUACGAUAGAGGCGAGGGUUUACAACUACCUUCUAGGCAGCGCGUACUUCAUCGUAAGUCAGACGCACGCUGCUUCCGUUACUGUAGAAGCCACCAUCAAAGCUGCGAUGAGAAUGGGUUUGCACCAGGAGCACACUUGGAAAUCGGUUGACGAUCAUGAACGAGAGGUUCGCCGCCGCCUGUGGUGGGUUCUCUUCAUCACCUCGGGCUUUAUGGCAAUUUCAUAUGGUCGCCCGCCUAUAGUAGUCAUCGACGAAUGCCAAGUUGAAUUACCGCUGAGCUUUGAGGAUAACCCUGCUUCCAUUAUGCGCGACCUCUACUUUGGUCGCCGGCGAAAACCCCGCGAUCUGAUCCAGCAGAUCUCCGCAUUCCACAGGCAAUUGCUCGACUGGGAGCGGAACAUUGGACAUGAACUCAGACCCGAGACUUAUUUGGGCCGCUCCUACGACAGCCCAGGCGCGGAUCCGGUUCUGCGGAAACUUGCGCUGCAGGCCAUAACGCUACAAAUAUCUUACGACAACGCCCAAGUUAUAUUAUUCCGCCCGUUAAUAACCUUAGAUAGGCCUCUCCAUAUCGACCUCCCUCUACCGGUAUCAAACCAAGAUAGACAAGCCGAGGCGGAGCUGAUGCGUGACUUGAAGCGAAAGGCGAGAAACCAGUGCUGGUCCUCGGCUGUGCGCACCUCGCUCAUCGGAGAGCAUGCCGAACUGCUUAAACUGCUCCGAGUUAGCCCAGCAGCUGCUCACGCCGGGGUCCAUGCUCUCGCGGCGGGCGUCAUCCUCAGCAUCAUCGCGCUUGCUGACCCGCUCUCUGAUCAAGGGCAGGAAAGUAAGCGUGGAGUUGCGAGGCUAAUCAAAGUAGCCAAAGACACCGGAUUUUUGGCGCCGAUAUGGUCCCAGCUAAGGGAGGUUUUGACAGACUUGAUGCAUGUCAUAGCGGGCGAAGAAACUCAGCAUUUGAUCAAUGCGAGGGGAGACAUUGGCUUUGGCCGCAAGAACGACAUGGCGAUUUCUCCAUUUGGAGAGCCAGCAGCAGAUGCACUUCCCGCGAUGCCCAACGAAGCCUCUCAAAGUGCCUAUGGGACGGUGCGAAGCAGUGUGUUGAACAUUGCGGAGCUGGUGGGAUCCGCGCCGCAAGAUCUCGGACAAGGAGGACAGGGCCAACCCUCGUUUGUACCACAGAUGGCUCUAAGCGGCGAAAUGCAGGAAGGCCAGGCUAUCGUCAGAAAUGAUUCGAUGUCGUAUGAUACGGUAGGCUUAGCAGACUGGAAUCUCGGCCUGCCAGCCGCGGACCAGACGUGGAUGUGGGAUAACGCCCUGACAUAUCUUUAA